AUGGGCUCAACGUCGUCUCCCACGUUUUCGUCCCUCGAUCCGAUUGUUGUGGACGACGACAUGGUGAACCCCUAUCAAGACACCGAUAUGGACUUCUUAGAUACCGCGAGGCUGCAAUUAUCGUCAGAAAAUGCUGGACAGGACUUUGAUGAUCUCUUCUCGCAUGCCUCAUCCUCCCAUACGGUCGCAGAAUCAAACCCACCAUGCCUCUCACCGGCAGAAUUGUCGCUAAAACGGUCAUAUCAAGACGAACCAUUGCGGCAUCCUGAAGUCUUCACAUCGGAUUCCCCCGCCGAAUCACCCGAAGACUCAAGCCCGAGCUCGAGCUCUGAAUCGCCUCGAAACCACCUCCGACACCCCUCUGUUGCAUCCUCCACCUCUGCGGUCCACAGUGAGAAUACUGUGAUGCCUUUCGGCUACACAUCUGAUGAUUGGGUGAAUCCAGAUUACGACGGCGUAAAGGAUGAGUCUCUGUUCGGGUUUGACGCAUCGUUACCGAACCUUGAAGGCCCAUACCCCGCGGAAGCCGACCUCGAAUCGAGCAACAAAGCCAUGGAUGCGGCUUUUGACUUUGAAAGCGCUGCCAGUAGCCCUAGCCCUCUGAAGAGUGGAAUUCCUCAACUUAAGGUCCAGAAGGGUUCCUCGAGGUCGCGCUUACCGCGUGCGCCUAGUUCAGUGAAACGAAAGUCUGCUUCGCCGCGGAUUUCCCAAACAACGGUCCCGUUCAUUCCUCGCAUUACAAAAGACACGCCGUCUCCCUUCCAGCCUUCAAGGAUCCCUCAAGUGAAACCGCCUUCAAGUCCAUGGGGUGAAAAGUCACCCUCGUCUUAUCUGGAGGAAAGCUUCGGUGGUAUCAAUAUGAACGGUGGUUCUCAGUCAAAUUCGGGAUUUAACUUCUCAACCAACGGCCUUCCUUUUGGUUUCGGAUUCCUACCUCCAUCCAUGCAGAAGACCAUGAACCCGGAGCCUACUCAACCACCCGUCUUGACCGUCCAUCCGACUUCCCUCAAAUCGCGUGUGGAGACGCAAAUACCGAUUAAACUGACACUGCACCCCUUACCUUACGGAGUCAAAAAGCUACGUCUGCCGAGCCAUACGAUAUCGAAACCCAAGUUUCUUGCGCCGCCAGCCACAGAGCGCUCCGCUGACACUGUCGAAUUAUACACGAGUCUCUUUUGCACGAGUGCUUUACAAGACAAAGACAAAUUACGAAAAGCAUUGGCAAAAGCGCGAGGCGAGCCAGUGUAUCGCUCAUCCAGCUCCUCACCGAUGGCUAGUGAUGAGGCUGUCGAUGAAGAUAAACCUUUGGACGGUGGAGAGGUGAAAAUCUGCGCAGGCUGCAUACAACGAGAACGAAAGCGGGCUUUCCGAAAGAAGCAACGGAAACCAGAGGAGGAUGAGUUGUUUCAAAAGCAUGAGGACAAGCGCGUCAUUGUCUUCAACACUCACGAGAUCAAGGAUUGGGCUGAACCGUCCAAAACUGCCACUUCACACGAAAACCAGGCGCUUAUCCCAGGUGCCAUGCAGGUGGAGCUGCCGAUGCGAAUAGCAUGCUACUGCAGGCACCAAAAUGAGAAGAUUGGAUUUCAGGUUAUCUUUACGCUGAAAGACUUUAAGGAUAAUGUCAUUGCUCAAGCGAUCACCAACUCCAUAAUGAUCACAGACGAUCACAAGACUCAUGCACCAUCAGGGCCUCCUGCUCCUGGCCCGCCUCCAGCUCUCGCAGAUGGUACGGAACUGCCAGGCGUUGGUGUCUUUCCCUCCGGACCUGCAUUCGACGCCGGUAAAUCGCCCGCCUCCACAAAACAGUCGGCUGCAUCGCCUUCAGCGACAGAUCUGCAAGGCCUACAGCAACGAAUCACCUCGCAGUACCAACCUAGCCCUAGCCCAUUCAUGGAUUCAGCAAAUGCUGGAACGUCAUCCAAUUCGCAGCCUUCUCGUAGCCUGUCACGGCAGACAUCCCCGAACGACUUCCAAGGGCCUACGAGCAAACGACGAAAACAUAGCAACUCUAACAGGCUUCCGUCAGAGUUGACUAUGACCAAACUCGAGAACGGCCAGUCAUCAACGAGAGCGUCUAGUAACGAGCCCCAGUUCCCCGCUCGUGGGUUCGCAUCUCCUGGCGAGAGACCGUUUGUCACGUCCGCUGCCAUGUCAAACCACUUCAGCAAUGGCCCACUGACCCCAAUAAGCGACAACAACAAUCCAUUCUUGACAUCUCUCCAGCAGCAGAACCUGGACAACUUCAUCCAGCAACAAUUGAUGUCCGCACCAAACUCAGCACAACCGAGCCGACCGGGUACCCCAGGCGCAUCUGGCAGAAACAGUUUCCAAGAACAGAACCUGAAUCUUCCGAUGGGUCCAACGCCGGCUACAACCAUGUGGCCCGGGAUCACCAAUGCCGGGAAUCGGCUGCCUACAGUUAUUCAUAAACUGGUUCCCGCGGAGGGUUCCGUUACUGGAGGAACAGAGGUCACGCUGUUGGGUAGCGGUUUCUACCCUGGCAUGGAAGUUGUGUUUGGUGACACUCUGGCGACCACGACUACAUUCUGGGGCGACAAGUGCCUCAACUGCCUUACACCACCAGCCCUUCAGCCGGGGCAGGUGGUUGUAGUCUUCAAACAUGAACACCCCAGCUUUAAUCAGCUACAACAACAAACUCAACCAAUGCUUCCCAAACAACAACAAUUCUUCCGCUAUGUGGAUGACCGCGAGCUUCAGAUGUACCGUCUGGCGCUUGGCAUCCUUGGUCACAAAUUAGGAAAUCAAGCAGAUGCUUUCGCCACUGCUCAACAGAUCAUGGGCAGCGACUACAAAGGGGCGUUCAACCUUCAAAAAGACUUCCAAGGUUCUUCCAGUGGCAACCAGCGGCAGGUUCCUGGACUAGAGUCCCAAGGGAAGCUUGGUGACAUGGACUCGAGGAUGUUGACCUACUUGGAGUUUAUCGACCUCGAUGACAACCCUCGCGCGCCGAGGUAUAACAUGCGCUGUGCCACCGGCCAGACAUUGCUCCACUUUGCUUCUUCACUGGGGCUCACCCGAUUUGUUGCUGGACUUCUCGCUCGUGGUGCUGAUCCCGAUGUGCAGGAUAACGUCGGAAACACAGCGAUGCACCUUGCUGCUUUGAAUGGCCAUGCGCAUAUCGUUCACAGACUCCGCCUUGCAGGCUCUAGUCCCACUGCUCGAAGCAUCAGAGGAUUUACUCCGGCCGACCUUGCCAGCACAUUACCUGCUCACCAGGCUGCUUUGAUACCAGCGCGCCACUAUCGCUCACGCAGCGUUGGCUCGUUGACUUCGCGUCGCAGACAUAGCAGCUCGGCGUCCCUUCAUUCACUCUGGGAAUCUUCGUCAGCAUCGGGCUCUUUCGAUUACGCGGUCGAUGAUUCGGAAGAGACAGAAGAUGAUGAGGAUGAGCUCGUUCUCACCAUCUCCCGUCGCUCCAGUGUCCACCACGAUGUCGCCAUACCGCUCCAGACACCGGAGCCGGCCGCUCCUGAAGGCGAUGCACGGCCCUUCUCCCCGCCAGCGGCGCUCGUUGCCUGGCGGAAUCAGCUCCAGGCACAAAUCAAUCAAUUCCAACAGAGCGUUUCGAACGCUUUCCCUAACCUCCCAGCUCUACCUCCCAUGCCUGCUUUGCCUGACUAUCAGGCGAUGCGUCGCAUCACAAACCUCGUGCCGCAUCGACCCACUUCCUCGCGCGGGGCCAAAGAAGGCUGGUGGGAUAUGCUCACCGGUAAUACCUCACCUGGCGCCACGGAGCUUCCUUCGUACGACGAGCUCUACCCGCGUACGGAGGGCGAGGAGGACGAGGAAGCGACACGCGCAAAGAAGACUAGCAUGCUGCAGGCUGCUGCAGAAGCGGCUCUAGAUCAACACUUUGAAACUCAAGCCAGCUCCUCCAGGAGCACUGCCCCUGAGCAAAAGAAGGAGGAUAUCAAGGACAUUCGCAUCGGUCGGAACAUCAUCUCCCGGGAACAGCAAAAGCAUCUUAGGGAGCAACAAGCCCGACGUAUGAAGGGUCUGGCCAGUGACAGGAAUCUGUACUUCUUCUGGAUUCCUCUCUUAUUGUUGGUGAUCUUUGCAUGGGCGCGAAGCUACAUCCCUGGUAUAUCACAGGGCCUUUCUGAUGCAUACGAGUUCGUCAAGAACCGCGCUACACAACGCGUCUUGGAUAUUGGCGCUUAG